AGGAAAGGGAAACCCUAACCGACUUUCUUCUCACCGUUUUAUAGCUCAGCCGCUCUGCGUUCCAUUUUUCAAUCCCUUCCCAUCUCCGCCGCAGAGAACCAAAAUGGGUCGUGUCAUCCGAGCUCAGCGUAAGGGUGCGGGAUCGGUCUUUAAGUCCCACACCCACCACCGGAAGGGGGCGGCGAAGCUCCGCGCCCUGGACUACGGCGAGCGGAACGGCUACCUCAAGGGCGUGGUGACCGAGAUCGUCCACGACCCCGGCCGCGGCGCGCCUCUCGCCCGCGUCUCCUUCCGCCACCCCUUCCGGUAUCAGAAACAGAAGGAGCUCUUCGUCGCCGCCGAAGGGAUGUACACCGGACAGUUCUUGUACUGCGGUAAGAAGGCCUCCCUCAUGGUCGGAAACGUCCUGCCUCUCGGAUCCAUCCCGGAAGGUGCCGUAAUCUGCAACGUCGAGCACAAAGUUGGUGAUCGCGGUGUCUUCGCCAGGGCCUCCGGUGAUUACGCCAUCGUCAUCAGUCACAACCCUGACAACGGCACUACUAGGAUAAAGCUUCCAUCCGGAGCAAAGAAGAUUGUGCCGAGCAGUUGCAGGGCCAUGAUUGGUCAGGUAGCAGGAGGUGGGCGUACAGAGAAGCCGCUUCUCAAAGCAGGCAACGCAUACCACAAGUACCGGGUGAAGAGGAACUGCUGGCCUGUGGUUCGUGGUGUGGCCAUGAACCCAGUUGAGCAUCCCCACGGUGGUGGUAACCACCAGCACAUUGGUCAUGCCAGCACUGUUCGCCGCGAUGCCCCACCCGGGCAGAAAGUCGGGCUUGUUGCCGCCAAGAGGACUGGUCGUGUUCGUGGUCAAGCUGCUGUUGCAGCUGCUAAAGCCGACAAGGGCUCUUAGGUUUCAGGUUUAUUUAAGUUGUUAUAAGAUCAGUAAAAGGGAUCUUAGAUUUCAGGUUUAUUUAAGUUAUUAUAAGAUCAGUAAAAGGGAGGCAGCUACUUCUCAAUUUACAAAGAGGGUCACAUGAGCUUGGGACCAGGCAGCCUUCUGGAUUUUAGUACUUUUCUUUGGAUCUUUGCUUUUAACAUUUAAACUUUAGGAGUACUUUUUUAUGGGUUUAAUAUUUUCUCUGAUUUGCAAAAUAUUACACUGAAUUUUUGCUUUCUAAAUUUGAUUUUCUAAAUUUCCUUUUCAUUGCAACUUGCAAGGCAUAGGGAGUACAUUAUUAAAUUAAAUUGCUCCUU